ACUCCUCUCGCAUUCGCCGUGACGAGACGAGCGUACGUCCGUCGUCCAGAGUGCAGACGGCAAUGCAGACCCCCGCGCGCCUCUCCGCUCCAUCCUCGCCGCUCGUCUCCUCCGCGCCACCGAUACCUGUACGGCCACAACGCGUCGCUUUCCCCUCCCUCCGCCGCCGUGAUCUCCUCCUCCUGCCGGCGGCGCUGACCCUCCCGACGGCGCCCGCCCCGUUGCCUGCCUCGGCGCGAGGGCUGUUCCGCAUGCCCCCGCCGCGGCUGGUGAACCGUUACUUUCUGGUGCGCGCGGGCGAGUCCGUGUACGAGGGGCAGGGCCUCCUCCGCACCAACCCGGUCGCCAAGACCUCCGUCGACAGCGGCCUCUCCCCCGUGGGGCUCCGCCAGACGGCGCGCGCCGCGCUCGAGCUCCAGCGCCUCGGCGCCUGCGAGGACGACUGCUGGAUAUGGCCGUCCAUCACUCAGAGAGCUUACCAGGCGGCCGAGAUCAUUGCCGCGGCCAACGGCGUCAACCGCAGUCGCAUCGUGCCGGAGUACAGCUUCUUGGAUGCACGCGGAUUGGGUGCAUUUGAGUGGAAGAGCUUAGACACCUUACCCGAGGUGUACGCGUCAGAUAAUAUUUCUCCAGACUUGAAGCCUCCUCCUAUCAGGGAUGGUACUCCAAAUGAGAGCGUUGCAGAUGUAUUUGUGCGGGUGACACAGCUCAUGUCAAUACUAGAGACCCAGUACUCAGGGGAAACUGUCGUCAUUGUUUCGCCGGAUUCUGACAACUUGUCAAUUCUUCAAGCUGGAUUGAUCGGGCUUGACCUUCGGAGGCAUAGCAGCUUGUUUUUUCAGCCUGGUGAGGUCCGGCCGGUUGAUCCAUCGAGCAUACCUGAAUACAAGCAACCUCCUUCUACUGUUUUUAAGUGUGCAAAUCCACCGAGUUGUAAAGAGUAGUUCACUUCCUUACCUUACAGUUCAUAUUUUCUGUCCGUGUAUGAGUAUAAUCAUGACAAACGUCUUGGACCUUGGUGAUAAUUGUAUAUAGCUGAAAGUAUUG